ACUUGUUUCCUUUCUUUUAUAUUCACAUUUAUUUGGACAGAAGCCAUGGCUACUUUUCCAGAGCUUUCUCUUAUUAGUCAGUCAGUGAAAGAUUUAAAGAGUUUCUGAACUCCUCAGACAUUAGCUGUGUUGUGCCCAUAAAACUUUUGUCUCUUUCCCAAAUUAAAUUACUCCCUUCCAACUAAUAUUUCUUACUAUAUAUGUACAUAUAUCUGUUUAAGGGAAACCGUACAAAGAAAACAGAGAAAAAAAGAAAGAAAUGAAGAUUCAAUGUGAUGUUUGUGAUAAAGAAGAGGCAUCAGUUUAUUGUUCAGCAGAUGAAGCUACUCUUUGCCAACGUUGUGAUUAUCAAGUUCACCAUGCCAACAAGCUUGCUAGCAAACACCUUCGUUUUUCUCUAAUUCAUCCUUCUUUCAAAGACUCUCCUCGUUGUGACAUCUGUCAGGAAAGACGUGCAUUGCUCUUUUGUAAAGAAGAUAGAGCAAUUCUUUGCAAAGAAUGUGACUUACAUAUACACAAAGCAAAUGAACAUACCAAGAAACACAACAGGUUUCUUCUAACUGGAGUGCAGCUCUCUUCUGUUGUUGCUUCUUAUAAUUACCAAACUUCUUCAUCUUCAUCCCCUACUGGAUCUGCUGCAAGUAAUUACAAAUCGUGUACUAGUAGUUCUGGGAUAUUGAAGAGUAGUUCGACUGUAGAAUCAACAACUAAUUUUCAAGAGGGUUCAGUUUCAACCAGUAGUAUAUCGGAGUAUUUGAUUGAAACUCUUCCUGGCUGGCACGUUGAAGAUUUUCUUGAAUAUCCCUGUUCUUCUCCCUAUGAACUUUGAUCAGAUACGGCCUGCUUUUUAGUUUAUUUCCACUACAAGAAGUGGAGGUACCUCAACAUCAAAUUCAGCCUCUAGAAUACAGUGUGUUGAAAGCAAGCAGGAACACAAAUGGAGUUCUUGUUCCUCAGAUCAACUCUCCAAUCUGCCAACUCGAUAAUACUAAAGGGCAUAAAUCUUUGGAGAUAUAAGAAAAACAGAGCUGUACAAGCAAUCUGACCUUUUCUUUUGGUUACUAAUUUUGAACAGUUACUUGGUUUUUGGACAUGUUAUAAGCAAAAACCCCACUGUUUUUGCAAGUCAAAUCACUUGGACUUGUUAGAAUCUGUCAAUCAGACUUGGAAUGGGUUUUCAAACAAGAUCUGGGGUCAUCUUUUUUUAUUUCUUUUUGAGGAGCCAAUCUUUUUGUAAUGCUAGUGGGAUGGCCUUGUGCCUGUUACCCGCUAUGAUUAUUGAAUAUGGAGAUCGUAUUUAUUUUA